UCACACACCUGAAUCAAAUGUUCAAUGAGGAUGGAUUUUUAUUAUUACUGUUCCCUCUAAAAACGGCAGCAUUUUCAUUAUGUGUAAGUUUACAAAUAAUUAUAGGAAGUAUGUAUGCAUUUUAUUUUGUAUUCAUCGAUCACCUUACAAACUAAAUUCAUAUUCAUUAGAUGUUGGUCAUCUCCAGUGAAUCAAUUUCAAACAGAUAGCAGAUUAUAGCUGAAGAAUCCUCACAAAUAAUAGUUUUAAUUGUUAAUGGCUGUUGCAGUUGUAUUUUUGCAGAUUCAGUUUAAAUCUUCAGUUUUUUUAAGGAAAUAAAAUGAAAACAUAGUGGUCAGAAAAAUCAAAUUUUCAUUCAUAAUGUAAACAUUGUCAGCUGUGUUUUCAGCCCAGCAAUGAUAGGUUUCUUUCUUAAUAUGCAUCAAACUAUGUGUUAUACAUACUGCAGUUCUUAUUUUCUUAUAUAGAAUAUAACAGCGCUUCACAGUCUUAUGUUUAUCAUAAAUAAACUAUACAGUUUCUUCUACCACACAGUGACUGUGGUGACAUAUGCUACCUUCAGUUGCUCCAGGGAUAAACGGUUACUACUUAGAAUAAUUAUUAUUUGUAAGAAUAAGAACAUUGUUAGUUAUUUACAUUAUUUUAUAUCAUACUUUAACACAUUGAAUAGAGUGGAUAAAAAACGUAAUAUAUUAAUUUUACUUUAACAUUAAAGCCCUCGGUUUGAGCUCCUUUUGUGCAGCAUUUGAAAGUUCCAACCGUUUUUGACAGUACGUGAAUGCUGCACACACUCGGGUCUUCCCUCGUGCGUGUGACGUCAGGACGUGCAGGUCCUGCCCAGCCAAGAUGGCUGACAGCAUCCCGUUAAAUCCGGUGCGGAGUAACUCGAAGAGAAUCACGUAUUACAACUCCGCCAGACAUUCAAGAUACUCUGUAGAAGAUGAGCCAUCUAACCUGGAUGAAAUGCCACUGAUGAUGUCGGAGGAAGGUUUCGAGAAUGAUGAGAGCGAUUAUCAGACGCUGCCCCGGGCCAGAGUCCAUCAGAGACAAAGAGGUUUCGGGUGGUUUCUCCUCGGAGGGUGGAAAGUCCUCUGUGGCAGUUGCUGUGACUGCCUGGCUCAUGUAUUUUGGAGGAGGAAGGAGCUAAAGGCACGGACGGUUUGGCUCGGCUGCCCGGAGAAAAGCGAAGAGAAGUAUCCGAGAAACGGCAUCAAAAACCAGAAGUACAACGUCUUCACCUUCGUGCCUGGGGUUCUCUACCAGCAGUUCAAGUUCUUCCUCAAUCUCUACUUUCUGGUUGUGGCCUGUUCCCAGUUUGUGCCAUCACUGAAAAUCGGAUAUUUGUACACGUACUGGGCGCCUCUGGCUUUUGUGUUGGCUGUUACGAUGAUGCGAGAGGCCGUGGACGAGAUGCGUCGUUACCGGCGGGACAAAGAGAUGAACUCCCAACUCUACAGCAAGCUGACAGUCAGAGGUAAAAUUCAAGUGAAGAGUUCAGACAUACAAGUGGGAGACUUGAUCAUUGUUGAGAAGAACCAAAGGAUUCCUGCAGACAUGAUAUUCCUGAGAACGUCAGAGAAAAACGGUGCGUGUUUCAUCAGAACAGAUCAGCUGGACGGAGAAACAGACUGGAAACUAAAAGUGGCUGUUGGCUGCACACAGAGACUUCCAGCAGUCGGGGACCUGUUCUCCAUCAGCGCCUACGUCUACGCCCAGAGGCCUCAGCUAGACAUCCACAGCUUCGAGGGCAACUUCACCAGGGAAGACGCUGACCCACAGAUCAACGAAAGUUUGAGCAUUGAAAACACUCUGUGGGCGAGUACAGUUGUGGCGUCUGGCACGGUGAUAGGGGUGGUGAUCUACACCGGCAAAGAGACCAGAAGUGUCCUGAACACGUCCUACGCCAAGAACAAGGUCGGCCUAUUGGACCUGGAGCUGAACCGCCUCACCAAGGCCCUGUUCCUUGCCCAGGUGGUUCUGGCUGUUGUCAUGAUAGCGUUGCAGGGGUUUGUGGGUCCCUGGUUUCGCAACCUUUUCCGAUUCAUCGUGCUUUUCUCGUACAUCAUCCCCAUCAGCUUGCGUGUCAAUCUGGACAUGGGGAAAUCGGCGUACGGCUGGAUGAUCAUGAAAGAUGAAAACAUCCCCGGCACUGUGGUGAGAACCAGCACCAUCCCAGAAGAACUUGGCCGGCUGGUCUAUCUGCUGACAGAUAAGACAGGCACUCUGACACAGAACGAGAUGAUCUUUAAGCGGCUGCACCUGGGAACGGUUUCCUACGGCACUGACACAAUGGAUGAAAUCCAGAGUCACAUCAUCCAGUCAUAUGCUCAGGUGACGGCCCAGCCUUCCAGCAGCAGCACCGGUGCUGCGACUCCAUCACGGAAAACCCAGGCGUCCGCGCCCAAGGUUCGCAAGAGCGUCAGCAGUCGCAUCCACGAGGCAGUGAAGGCCAUCGCCUUGUGCCACAAUGUCACGCCCGUCUACGAGUCACACGUCGGCGUGAACGGAGAGACAGACACUGCCGAGGCGGACCAGGACUUCAGUGACGACAACCGCACCUACCAAGCAUCCAGCCCUGAUGAGGUGGCGCUGGUGCACUGGACGGAGAGCGUCGGCCUGACCCUGGUCAACAGAGACCUGACCUCCCUGCAGCUGAAGACUCCUUCAGGACAGAUCCUCUCCUUCUACAUCCUGCAGAUCUUCCCCUUCACCUCCGAGAGCAAGAGGAUGGGUAUCAUCGUCAGGGAGGAGUCAACAGGGGACAUUACGUUCUACAUGAAGGGUGCUGAUGUUGCCAUGGCGAGCAUCGUCCAGUACAACGACUGGCUGGAGGAAGAGUGUGGGAACAUGGCCAGAGAAGGACUGAGGACCCUGGUUGUGGCCAAGAAGUCUCUUUCUGAGGAGCAGUACCAGGAUUUUGAGAAUCGCUACAACCAGGCAAAGCUGAGCAUCCAUGACCGAACGCUGAAGGUGGCAGCAGUGGUGGAGAGUCUGGAGAGGGAGAUGGAGCUUCUUUGUCUGACUGGUGUCGAGGACCAGCUCCAGGCCGACGUCAGGCCCACGCUGGAGCUGCUCAGAAACGCUGGCAUCAAGAUUUGGAUGUUGACAGGAGACAAGCUGGAAACGGCCACAUGCAUCGCCAAAAGCUCCCAUUUGGUCUCCAGAAGCCAAGACAUCCAUGUUUUCCGACCGGUCUCGAACAGAGGAGAGGCCCAUCUGGAGCUGAACGCCUUCAGAAGGAAGCACGACUGUGCUCUGGUCAUCUCUGGAGACUCCUUAGAGGUGUGUUUGAGGUAUUACGAGCAUGAGUUUGUGGAGUUGGCGUGUCAGUGUCCGGCAGUCGUCUGCUGCCGCUGCUCCCCGACUCAGAAGGCCCAGAUUGUCUGUCUCCUGCAGCAGCACACGGACAACAGAACCUGUGCCAUAGGUGAUGGAGGAAAUGACGUAAGCAUGAUCCAGGCUGCACACUGCGGUAUCGGAAUUGAAGGAAAGGAGGGAAAGCAGGCCUCUCUGGCCGCGGAUUUCUCCAUCACACAGUUCAAACACAUCGGCCGUCUGCUCGUGGUUCACGGCAGGAACAGCUACAAACGCUCAGCGGCGCUGGGUCAGUUUGUCAUGCACCGAGGCAUGAUCAUCUCCGCCAUGCAGGCCGUCUUCUCCUCUGUAUUCUUCUUCGCCUCCGUGCCCUUGUACCAGGGAUUCCUCAUGGUCGGAUAUGCCACAAUCUACACCAUGUUUCCUGUGUUCUCCCUGGUGCUGGACCAAGAUGUGAAGCCAGACAUGGCUCUGCUUUACCCAGAGCUUUACAAAGACCUCACCAAGGGACGUUCGCUGUCUUUCAAGACUUUCCUCAUCUGGGUUUUAAUCAGCGUCUAUCAAGGUGGCAUCCUCAUGUACGGCGCGCUGCUGCUCUUUGAGUCAGAGUUCGUACAUGUGGUCGCCAUCUCCUUCACCGCGCUCGUCCUGACGGAGCUCCUGAUGGUGGCGCUCACCAUCCGCACCUGGCACUGGCUGAUGGUGGUGGCGGAGUUCCUCAGCCUCGGCUUUUACCUCGCUUCUCUCGCCUUCCUCAACGAGUACUUUGGCAUAGGCAGGGUCUCGUUCGGAGCUUUUCUUGACCUGUCGUUCAUCACGACGUGGCCUUUCCUGUGGAAGGUGUCGGCCAUCACGCUGGUCAGCUGUCUUCCUCUCUACAUCAUCAAGUACCUGAAGCGCAAGUUUUCGCCGCCAAGCUACUCCAAGCUCUCGUCGUGAGCAAAAACAAUGGAUGUAUUUAUUCUUCUUUGCUCUUCUCUGCACUUUUUUUUCUCCACACCUGUCCUCGGUGACGGACACGUGACCCGUGGAGGUGAAAGUAAGAAACACUGAAUCAACGGAGCACGGAGAGAAAGCAAACACUCGCUCUUUGGAUCUUCUUUUUCAUUUCUCCUCACUGAGUCUUGGGAUUACUUGAAAAGUCGGAGCACAUAGUGACAGACGACAAAAACGUAAAGUUUGCCACGGGCCUGACACGUGUGACCUGUGAACCUUGGGUCGAUCUGCCUUUCUUUUGUUUUCAGACAAUUCAGCGUCAUUUUAUACAGUCACUUCUUCAACGUUUAGAUUUUUAUAUGUGCAGCUCUGAUUUUUUUUAUCGUAGGUAUUAACUGCUGCGUCUUUCAACACUUGAGUUGCUGUAAAGGAUAAAAAAAAGAAUCUUUUUUUCUCUGUAAAUUGGCGUUUACAUGCUGACAACAACAAAGCUCACUCACGUUUAAAUCAUUUACCAAAAAACAAGGUCAUUUAUACACAAAUGCUGAGCACUUGUUCCGAUACAAACCUCUACGUGUCUUUUUGUGUGUUUUUGUCGUGUCCGCAGAAUACAACUUCAAAUAUCUCAGAUUUGAGCAUCUGUCGAUAACUAACAUCACUCCGAUAACUGACAUUUUAUUUACGCCUUUUAAACAAACUCCACUUACACUUUGUUAUAAAUAUACUGUUUAAAGGCUCAAGUAUAAGUAUAAUCAUCUUUAUUUUCAACUUCUGCUAAAUUAAAAAGAAUUUCACCUACAUUUUUACGGACUGGACCUUUUAAAAUACUGCAUUUUUUUUCAUUUUAGCUUAAACUAAUUCCACUCAGUUUUUACUGCCGCGUCGUCUGAUGGUUUAAAAUGUGAAGCUUCGGAAGUUGAUUGGAAGUAGCAGUUAUCCGCCAGCAGGGGGCGAAACUCUGCUACGUUACGAAACAAAUGGGAAAUGGGAAAUUUGUUUUGUGACUGGACGACUCUAUUUUAUACUAGGACUGAAGCUACGUGUCGGAUCGACUCAUACGUGAAUAAAAGCAGCAUUAAAUGUA